GUGAUACCACUUCAAAAACCAUUAAUUGAUGACAGCUUAUCAGUAGCUUCUUCGAAAUCUGUCGUCAUUUCAGGAAGUUCAUAUCCGACCAGCUUCGACUAUUCAGCUUACAAUCCACAGUAUUAUAAUGGUAUGCGAGCUGGCUACUACGGCAAUGCACUUGCGGCCGGCGCCUCUGCAUACGCGGUAAGGUUUGCAUCCUCGGUCUGCCUUCAGGGGUUGGUUACCGUCACAUACAAUUUUCUCCUUCAAGGCGGCAAAUCUGCGAAGAAGAAGAAGACAGACUCGUGUUCACCUGCUGACACUCAUUUCGCACGAGUGUUCGUCUGGGAGCUCGACGAUAUAUGCACCUUGUCGACCGCCUCUCUUAACGAAGUCGCUCGCAAGGUUGGUCAUGUCGAUUCACUUAAUGAUUCCAGAGGCGGUGUGGAAGUGAUGCGUCGAAUGGCGAGCAAGUACCUCGCUCUACGACAGCUCUACCUGGAGUGUGCCCUCAAACCGGAUGCUCAAUUAUGUGACUACGGUGCUGGAUUAGUGCAUUUUUCACAAGCUGAUAGAAAGUAUGCAGAGGUCAAAAUCAUUUUUAGGACGGCUGUUUCGUCGGAGAAGUACGCAAACGUUGUGCUCUGUGGUGAUCCACUGGUGCCAGCAGUUGUCCAACUGCUUUUGGCAGGACUUGCACCGGUAGCACCCAUCGAAAACGUCUACAGCACCAACAAAACCGGCAGGGUUCGUAUGGUGUCUAAACUCCCACUGAAUUGGCAAUUAAUGAGUUUUGCAGGAAGCGGUGAUAGAUCGAAUUCAGAACCGUCAAUUCCGGUCUGGCCUAUCGUGACGACGGAUGACUUUGAGAAGUUAUACACAGCCCAGACCAAUUACCUGCUCGGCAGCCUCUGA